AUGGCGUGCGAGAUGGGAUGGGUGCCGUGGACAGGCGCCGUCUGGGUCGUCGACUUCGUCGCUGCCGUCAACGCCGCCUACGCCCACAUCCAUCCGUACGUCGCCGUCGUCCUUUGCCUUGCCGGUUAGUCCUUGCUCGUUGCAAAACAGAAGCUUCUGAGAGCCCGAACCGCGGUGUUUGAGGUACGGUGAUGAACGCCGUGACGGUGGUGGUCCUGACGCGACCUUCGAUGAGGUCGGCCGUCAACAGUUUGCUGUGCGCGAUCGCCGUCUGCGACAUCCUCGUCAUGAGCAGCGUUCUCGUCUUCGUCACGCAUUUCCUCAUUCUCGCCGGGUUUAGGUGCUUUCCUCUUGGUCGGGAUAGUCGACCCAGCAGUUGGAUCUAACCGGUUGAAGGAAGCAUUUUCAGAUGUCAGCCGAGUGACUACAGCCGUUUCUGGGCAUUUUUCCUCUUCUCUCAUGCUCAAGCCACUGUGAUCUUCCACGCAACCAGCAUUUGGCUUACGGUAGUCAUUUUUCAUUUGUCAUUUUUUCAAAAAUCUAAUGCCAGGUACUCCUGGCGCAGAUUCGUGUGUUCUCUAUCCGAAGAGCGACGACCCUGGGCAGCGAGCUCGUGUCGACCAAAGCGACGAUUGCGAUCGCGGCGGCGACGCUUCUCGUCGUCGUUGCUCUCAACGUGCCCAACUUUCUCACUUUCGAGGUCAGCCUGAAAACGGACUCUCUGUAAGAAGAUUCCACAGAUAAUGGAGAUCGAGGCGACGACUUGGUUGCCUUGUCUAGCCAAUCAGUCUUCGUUAGACUCGAAUGAAAUGGUCUACCUCGUGAGGCCCUCCGAGCACUGCGGACUACUCAAAGCAAGUUUUUACUCUGAAGUUACCGAUGUUUUGCUUUUCGAAAUAUGGGGUUUAAGAUAGCGUUCUGGACAAACGGGGUUCUGUUCAAAGUGGUGCCUUGCGUUCUUCUGACGUUCUCCAUCAUCGCACUUGUUAACAUUAUCCGCGACGUUUCCAACCGGAAAAAGAUGCUUGCACAGGUACGAGACUAAAGAACCCAGUUGAAAACAAAAAAACGAAAUCAAAAUAUCCGAUCAAUUGAAAUUGGAAAAAAAGAAAAAAAAAAUUUUUUCGCUUUAUUGAUAGGAACCGUAAGCUUCCGAUAUUCUUUUUUCAAGUCGCGAUAGAAGAAGAAAAAAAAAAUACUGGUUGCGAUUUACACGAAUUGAAAAUCAGAACGGAUUAUUCACGGGAGUGUACAAAAAAAAUUACAGUGGAGUCAAGGGUGGAUUCAAAUCUAAAUUUAGGGUCCGCAAGCCAUUUCUUCAAAACGAUCCAAAAAAUAUGUUUUUUACACUGUUCGAUAGAGGAGACUGUCCAUUUUCAUAAUCCGUUCAGUUUUAGAAAAAAGCUUCACUAAGAAAAAAGUUAUGGCCAAAAACUAGCGCGCGCGGCGUACAACUGGAGGCAAAAUCUCACGGUUUACCCGCUGCCGCACGCUUUCUUUUUAAAUGUUUUUACGCAUUUCUGAACCGUUUUCGAAUCGGUUUUCUGUUUUGAGAGGUUGUCCGAACUGAGCCUCAUGUUUUGGUAUGAAUCUUUUGUACAAUCCUCAUAAGAAUUUUUGACAAAAUAUCAAAAAACUACUUAGAAAAAAGGUCAGAAGGAAUUUUUAGCUUAUUUUUCGUUUUUCUAAUCUGAAAAAUUAUUAUCAUUCGAUUUGGAAGAAAGAAAAAAUGAAAAAGAAUGUUAUUUCGAAAUAAAACAGGAAAAAGUGCAAUUUGACGCCGAAAAACGGCUCCUGCAACAUUUAAAAUGGCGCAUCGGUGUGUUUGACGCAAGCACAGCUACGAAUGCUUGCACGAAUUCUUCCAAAAUUUCAAAAAAAAUUGCCAUUUUUUCGAGGUUUUCAAAGCCGUUCUUUUUUUCGCGUCGUUAGAUUUUUUUCAUAAUUUUUUCAUAGAUAGAGUUUUGAACGCUUAAUAACAUAAGCAAAAAUAUAGACGCGAUCCUAUUCUCUCAUGCGACAACGAGGCAGACGAAAAAAAGGAGGUUUUGGUAAAAACUCAAAUAUAAUUUGAUUCGCUGUCCCAAUAAUUAUUUUUCAUUCUGAAUUUUUUUAUUUUUUUGAACACAUUGUGAGUUUUUUUAAAUCAAAUAAAAAGUAUACCAUGUCGCUGAAAUUUUUUUCGCAUUUCAGCUUCAAAGUUUGGUGUCACUUUACAAGCUUCGAUUUUUUUCGCGUCGUUAAAUUUUUUUAAAUUUUUUUAUUCAAAAAAAUAAAGAAAGUGUUAAUGUAUAACAUACUUAAAAUUUAGAAGCGUUCCUCACUUGGUUUUUCUGAAACGCGACGAUUUUUGUGAAACUUGUCAGUUUUUUUCGUGUUAAAUCUUACUUUUUUUCGCUUAUUUUUUUGAAUAAUACAUAGUUUAAAAAAAUUUUUUUCAGUCUUGUAGAGCGUUGUCGAUUACAUAGUUUAACAAAAAAACAGUUUAUUUUUAAAGUGGGACUUUAGCUAGUAUAAACGCCUCAAAACCGUUUCUGCAACAAAAAAAUUGUCAUUUUGGUGGCGUGAAGGGGCGGGGCUUUGCGCCCCCUAUCUAAAUUUGUCUCAAUGUUCAUCAAAACCAUCGUUUUCAAAGUUCGGUAUAAUUUUUAAUGCAAAAAUAGAGUAACUCUCGUUCAUGGUUCAUUUUACAAAAAAAAAACGGGAACUCUUGUUAAAGGUUAUGAACAAGAAGCGGAUGCCGCGCGACCACACGACGCCGAUGCUCGUCGCCGUGCUGUCGAUUUUCCUCUUUGCAGAGUUGCCGCAGGGGCUGCUCCACGUGCUCAACGCCGUCUUCUCCAAGGAGACUUUCUACGAUAGGGCACGGCAGUAUCUGUCUAUAAAAUACAAACAGUUCUGCCCUGCAGAUCUAUCAGCAGUUGGGCGACGUGAUGGAUGUCCUCUCUCUACUCAACUCCGCCGUCAACUUCAUCAUCUACUGUGCCAUGAGCCGGAAGUUUCGCUCCGUCUUCGUUCAAAUCUUCCUCUCCUGUCUUCCUGAGAGACUCUACAGGUUUAUGAAACAAACAAAUCGAAAUAAAGAAAUGUUUUCUAGGAAAUACAUAACGGACUGGAACGCAGUGGUUGAGUACGAUUUUUCGAACAGGAAACCCUCAGCUCUGACAACCGACAUGACCAAAACGGAGCAGGUACUAAGUUUUGCCCAAAACACGGUUUGCUUCACAGCCGGUUUUCUUAAACAAACUUGGUGUUUACUAAAUUCGAUGAAAUGAACUUCUCAAACUUUUUAUAACUGAAUGGAUAACACAAGUCGCUGAAAUAAUUAUUAUCCAUAAUCUAUACUCUGAACUUAUAUUCUUUUAUUCUAUUACUUUAUAAAUAUUUUCGAUUUGGCAGUUGGCUCUGACUUCACAUCGCGUUUCGGCGACGUCGAUGCUUAUAACGCCGACGUCUCGGAAUGAACACGGAAAAAUGUACUCUGGGAACUUGCUCACAACUGGUUAUGCUCGUAUCGGAACAGCCUUUAAUGAUUUUCACAGGAGGCAGAAGCCAACGGGUGUCCUUCGAAGCUAAUCCAAAGCAGUUUGGUGCACGCCGAAGUCUUGAAAUUCACCAGUUGCAGUUUACAGUACCUCCUCCAAAGGUGAAUGAAGCGAAUAGUGAGGGAAUCGAGGAGUGAAAAUUUUUUAGAAAAGAUCGCAAAUUAUUAGAAAAAGCUAGACAAAAAAAAAGAACUUUCUGAAAGUUAGCUUACGCCGAUACACCAGAUAACUCAGUAAAAAGGAGGCUGGCCCAAAUUUAAGAGCAAAAAUGUGUUAGAAAGUAUUGUGAUAAAACUUGAAAGGCAGUCAAAAAGAAUCCGCUCAUGAAUAUUCCAUAUUUCAAAAUCAAAAAAAAAAAUCAAAAUGCUUCUUCAAUGUCUAAAAACUUUUCAAAUCUUGCGAGCAAUCAAAAAUAAGUUAAGAAUCUCAAAAUUCAGCCAUUUCUUUCAAUCGCUAUCACGCGUUCACCUAUCGGGAACUUUGUUUACAUUUCUCCUACUUAAAAAAAUUCGCAUUCGAGUAAUUUUCCAGACUCAGAGGCCGCCGGCCUUCCAGCGCUUCUUGCAAAUCUGGCGACGCGGCGAAAGUCCCGAGAGCAGUCCUUGCCGACGGAUCAACCUCCUGCAGUGUGAAACCAGUACGUCUCAUUAUUAA